AAAAGGCUCAGGAUAAUCAGCUAUUUGCCAUUUUUGGUCUAUUUAUCGUUACAUUUUGCGUUUUGGCUUCUGGACUUUAAAUCUAAGAUAUAUAUAUAUAUAAAAAGAUGAAGAAUAACCUUUUUUUUUCUCAGCUUUCUUUUAUAUUAAACAUAAAGAUGUCUUCUUUUGAUAAUCGUACUCUACAAGUAGCCGCUGCUUUGACUUUGAAAUAUAAUGACCGACCUUUUUUUUAUGAACACCCUGAGGGCAUCCCUUACAAAGGUGGUAUCCCUGCCUUUGGCAAUCUUUUCGAUAUAUUGAGCAAUGUUCAUCGUUUUCACGACUUUCAAAUUGAUUUGUUUGAAAAAUCGGAUUCGCUUACAAUGACUGCACCUGCAGCCGGUAAUCCUACUGCUGUCAUGACAAUUGACCCUCAAAACAUCGAAUAUGUUUUAAAAGGCAAUUUCAAAAACUAUUUGAAGGGUCCUAAAUUCAAAUCUUCUCUCUCCGAAAUCCUUGGGAAUGGUAUUUUUAAUGCAAACGGUGAGCAAUGGCGAUACCAACGUAAAGCAGCAAGUCAUAUUUUCAAUGUCAAGAACUUUAGAGAUGAAUUUACAGACGUGUUUGUCAAGGAAAUGCGUGUCUUGAAUGACAAUCUCCUUCAACCAGCUGCACAACAAGGAACUAUCAUUGAUUUUCAUGACCUCAUUUUCAAGUUUACCCUGGAUUCUUUUGUCUACCUUGGCUUUGGCAUCCAAUUAGACUCUCUUCUCAAUACUGAAAAGAUUCCUUUUGCAGUAUCAUUUGACCAUUUGCAAAGACUUGGUGCUCUUCGCUUUGCUAGUCCAUUUGCGCCUAUUAAUGAAGCUUUUACCAAGUACAUCACACCAUGGAAAAUGAGCACGACUAAUCAUGUCGAGGUGAUCGAUACAUUUGCUGAAACCGUAAUCCGCCAAAGAAGAAAAGAGGUUGCUGAAGGCAUUGAGCACAAGGACUUGCUCUCACGAUUCAUGAAUACAACGAAUGAAAAAGGAGAAAAAUUAAACGAUGUCGAGCUUCGUGAUACCAUAUUGAACUUUAUUAUUGCUGGUAGAGACACAACAGCUCAGGCAUUGUCAUGGCUAUUUUACAAUUUGGCGUUACAACCUCGCAUUGAAAAGAAAAUGAUGGAAGAAAUCAAAGACAAGAUCACUGAAGACACUGAGAGUGAUUCACCUGCACUUUACGAAGUAAUCAACACGAUGCCAUACAUCCAUGCUGUGUUCUAUGAAACAUUACGCUUGCAUCCUCCGGUACCUGCUAAUCAGAAAUAUGCUCUUGAAGAUGACAUCUGGCCAGAUGGUACUAUCAUCAAAGCUGGUUAUUAUGUCAAUUGGAGUACUUAUGCACAGGCAAGAAACACCAAGAUCUGGGGAGACAAUGCUAGGGAAUUCUAUCCUGAAAGAUGGAUUGAUGAACAAGGCUCAUUGCGCAGAGAAAAUGCUGGUAAAUGGCCUGCUUUCCAUGCUGGUCCUCGUAUUUGCUUAGGACAAAACCUGGCUACACUUGAAGCACUUGUUUGUAUUAUAUUCCUUUUAAGGCGCUACAGCUUCAAAUUAGUUCCUGGUCAAGAAAUUACCUAUGAUAUUUCUUUAACUUUGCCUAUGAAGAAUGGAAUGAAGAUGUUUGUUGAGAAAAGAAAUAAAUAAAUUUGUACCUAUUUUCUCAAUUAUAAACCAGCUUCUGUAUCUGAUAAAGACAAAAAGUUGACAUGCUUUAAAGCUUGGAGUGGAGUGUUUGACAAUAAAAAUAUCUGAGCUUGAAACGAUAUUCACUUGGCAAGAACUAGCGUUGAUGUCACGCUGCCAUAAUGUUCUGCACGUCUUGCAGACGAGAACACUAUUACCGCGGGCACCACUAAUACCACCCAAAGUCCUACUUUCAC